AUGGAGAAGCCGACAGCAGGAGAGGAAAGGGUGAAGAGGGUGAAGCAUUACUCCUCUGCUCAGAGCAUUUUGCUCGUCGGCGACGGCGAUUUCUCCUUCUCUCUGGCGCUGGCCACCGCGUUUGGUUCCGGCGCCAACCUCGUCGCCACAUCCCUCGACACCUACUGUUGCUUGCCAUCUUUCCUGUGGCCCUUUUUUUUCUUCUUUGCCUUCUGGGUGGUUACUCACUUCUAUCGUAUUCAUGGGGCUCUGACGAUCAAGUACAGAAACGCAGGGUCAAAUAUAAUGGAGCUGAAAAGAUUUGGGGCUAGGGUUUUGCAUGGCGUGGAUGUGGAAACAAUGAAGCUUCACAAUGACCUGAAGAACAGGCGGUUUGACCGAGUUGUCUUUAAUUUUCCACAUGCAGGUUUCAGAGGAGGAGAGUGUGAGGUGCACAUGAUCAAUUCGCACAAGGAACUUGUAUCUGGGUUUUUCAGCAACGCGCGCCAUCUGCUUGGGCGCUAUGGUGAAAUCCAUGUCAGCCACGAGACAGGACACCCAUACGACGCAGGGCCGGUCCUGAGUACUUUUUGA